AUGGGGUCAACAAAAUCCCCAAAUAAGCGGAAGUAUGUGACAACUGCUUGCGACACGUGCAGAGAGAGCAAAGUCAAGUGCGAUGGAACGCGGCCUGCUUGCGCAAACUGCCAGCAUAAAAUGAGGCCAUGUCAUUACCAGGCCGAGGAUAGACGAAAGAUAUCUUGGAAAUCCGUGGUGGAUCUGCUCACUAGUCGAGUGAAUGAGCUUACUCAGUUCAUUAUCGACCAGGGCUUCACACCACCACCCACGCUUGAUGACAACGAGGCAACAUUGAAGAAUGCAUUGGACACCUUAGGACUUCACCAUAUCCAGAGGUCUUUGGAGGGAGCUGAAAGGAAAGAGGUCUUUUGCAAACAGAUCAAUAUUGCAGAUUUGGAUCAAACAGUUUCAAACGAUGACGCUGCUGCCGAGAAUCUGGACAUAGGAGAGUUGGACCCGAACAUGAGCUUGCCGCUGGAGCCUUUCAUGAUUGUGGAGGGCAACCAUUCAUACGAUGCUCAGUCUGAGGCGGUGCCUUCACUGGAUUUUGUCUCUGAUGAUUUAAUCCAGCCCUUUUGGGAUGGACGCCCGGCUGUCCCGGACGAAGACCACAACAAACAACAUAGCCCAUUACCAGAACAACAUAUUGGCCCUACACCCCCCAGCGAUAAUGAAGUUAAGAAAGACGAGACCCCCCCACAACCUGAUUUUGAUGAUGGUACAGAAGACAUCGUUGAUCGACUUUCAGAUCGCAUGGGCAGUCUUCAAAUCGGAUCAGAUGGGCAAAUUCGAUACUACGGUCCCACAUCUCACUUCAAUCUUCUACGGAUGCCAACCCCUGACAAUUUGACAAUCCAUCGUACCAUUCGGAAGGAUGGCCAAGAUCAUCUCAAUCGAAUGGGGCUCGACAAAGAAGUUCCCCAUAGUAUGGAGGAGCAUUUGAUCAAUCUCUACUUUACGUGGCACAGUCCGUCCGUUGAUGUGGUGAACCGGGAUAUGUACGAGAUGGCAAAGCAACAGUGGAAGGAGCAGAUGGAAGACACGCCUUACUAUUCCGAAGCUCUAACAAAUGCUAUGUGCUGCCUUGGCGCUGCUUUCGAGCCCCGGUACCAUCCAAACUUCAUCACGUAUCCCAGAUCUUUAUCCGACUUCUUUGCAGAUCGAGCGAAGUCGCUUCUUGAUAUUGAACUUGACUCUCCCACCAUGGCCACCGUGCAAGCGAUGGUGGUUCUCAGUGGGCAUGAUAUUGGCUGCAAGCGUGAUGCGCGGGGGUGGCUAUACAGCGGUAUGGCAAUGCGUCUCGCAUUCGAUCUGGGAUUGCAUAUUGACAUGUCAAACAUGGUCGCGAAUGGAUCUAUUAGCGAGGUCGAAGCUGACGUGCGACGGAUGGUAUUCUGGGGCGCUUAUACGCUGGACCACCGCUGGGGAUUCCUUCUGGGACGCCCAUUCAGGACAAAUCUCGAAGAUGUCACGAUCCAGAGGCCUGGCGUUGGCUUUAGAAAGAACCAGGCCCAACGGUGGUACCCGUAUGGACUACCUCAUCCUACCGAAUACCCUCCUGGUUUGUCAAUAGCCAACUCUGCUUCCUCACUAAACCUGCAUCGCAUUACACUCUGUGAAAUAAUGACACCACUGGGUCAUGUUUUGUAUGGAUCUUCAAAGAUCUCCAGACAGGCCCUCCAAAAGUUGAAUGCGGAGACUACUGACAGACUUUUGCAAUGGAAAGCCAACUUACCAGAUUUCCUACAAAUCAAUAUCGACGAGCACACCACUCCUCAUUUACCACAUGUAUUACUACUCCAUCUAUAUUAUCACCAAGUGGUAAUUCAUGCUCACCGACCAUGGAUUUCAAAAAGCUCAAUCCAGCCCCAGCCACAGCAAGGUGCCGGUCACGUCCAUGCUAGAAAGAUGUGCGUGGAUUCAGGCACCGCAAUAGCCAAAAUCCUUCAAAUAUACGAGAAGUUCUAUACCUUCCGCCGCAUGAACAUUCAAGUCGUGGCAAUUACCUGCUCAGCAGCACUGAUGCUCAUUUUCGCCAAAGCUCUUCAUCGCAGUGCUCACGAUGACGAAGAAACCGUGGCAAACCUAAACAUUUGCUUCCGCGCAUUGGAGGAAUUUGGAUCGGCCUGGGAGAGUGCUCAGCGCGCACAGAGCUUUCUUCUCCGUAUUCAAGGGCUAUGGGAUAUCCAAAUUCGACCUUACCGGGCUGGUAAACGGGCAGAAUCUCAAUCCAUGGGUGCCUUAGGUUUGCGUGAGGAUUUUAUGCGGUUUAAACGAUCGCGAACUUCAAAUACACCCCUGUCAGGUAGGAACUUUGGGACCCCAGGCAGUGGUGAUGCCACUAAUACUGACUGUGAGUCCGAGGAGCUGGAAUGUUUGUGGGCUGCUACAAUGGGAGCUGUACCUGCCUCACAAUGA